GCCGGAUGUACACAAGAAUGGCACGCCCGUGGUCAGAGAUCUCAUUCAGCCUUCGAUCUACCUCCUCCCCCCCUCCUACUACGAUCCCCUCCCCGGCCCGUCCCCAUUCUAAUAUCAUCACAAGCACCAGC